GUGUGGCAGCACCUCCCUGGCCCUGUCCCUGCAGGCGCUGGCCAGGACGUGGGCCGGAGCUGCAUCCUGGUCUCCAUUGGGGGCAAGAACGUCAUGCUGGACUGUGGGAUGCACAUGGGCUUCAACGAUGACAGGCGCUUCCCAGACUUCUCCUACAUCACCCGCAACGGCCGGCUGACCGACUUCCUGGACUGUGUGAUAAUCAGCCACUUCCACCUGGACCACUGCGGCGCGCUGCCCUACUUCAGCGAGAUGGUGGGCUACGACGGGCCCAUCUACAUGACCCACCCCACCCAGGCCAUCUGCCCCAUCCUGCUGGAGGACUACCGCAAGAUCGCCGUGGACAAGAAGGGCGAGGCCAACUUCUUCACCUCCCAGAUGAUCAAGGACUGCAUGAAGAAGGUGGUGGCCGUGCGCCUCCACCAGACGGUCCAGGUGGACGAGGAGCUGCAGAUCAAGGCCUACUACGCCGGCCACGUGCUGGGGGCAGCCAUGUUCCAGAUCAAAGUGGGCUCGGAGUCGGUGGUCUACACGGGCGACUACAACAUGACCCCGGACCGGCACCUGGGAGCCGCCUGGAUUGACAAAUGCCGUCCCAACCUGCUCAUCACAGAGUCCACCUACGCCACGACCAUCCGUGACUCCAAGCGCUGCCGGGAGCGCGACUUCCUGAAGAAGGUCCACGAGACGGUGGAGCGCGGCGGGAAGGUGCUGAUCCCUGUGUUUGCGCUGGGCCGCGCUCAGGAGCUCUGUAUCUUGCUGGAGACCUUCUGGGAGCGCAUGAACCUGAAGGCCCCCAUCUACUUCUCCACGGGCCUAACGGAGAAGGCCAACCACUACUACAAGCUCUUCAUCACCUGGACCAACCAGAAGAUCCGGAAGACCUUCGUCCAGCGGAACAUGUUCGAGUUCAAGCACAUCAAGGCCUUCGACCGAGCUUUUGCCGACAACCCGGGCCCAAUGGUCGUGUUCGCCACACCAGGGAUGCUGCACGCUGGGCAGUCCCUGCAGAUCUUCCGGAAGUGGGCCGGGAAUGAGAAGAACAUGGUCAUCAUGCCCGGCUACUGCGUGCAGGGCACCGUGGGCCACAAGAUCCUCAGUGGGCAGCGCAAACUGGAGAUGGAGGGGCGGCAGGUGCUGGAGAUCCGGAUGCAGGUGGAGUACAUGUCCUUCAGCGCCCACGCGGACGCCAAGGGCAUCAUGCAGCUGGUGGGCCAGGCAGAGCCCGAGAGCGUGCUGCUGGUGCACGGGGAGGCCAAGAAGAUGCCUGCCCCGCAGAACUUCCGGCUGGUGUCCUCUGAGCAGGCCCUCAAGGAGCUGGGCCUGGCCGAGCACCAGCUGCGCUUCACCUGCCGCGUGCACCUGCAUGACUCGCGCAAGGAGCAGGAGACGGCCAUGCGAGUCUACAGCCACCUGAAGAGCCUCCUCAAGGACCACUGUGUGCAGCACCUCCCCGACGGCUCGGUGACCGUCGAGUCCAUCCUCAUCCAGGCUGCUGCCCACUCUGAGGACCCAGGCACCAAGGUGCUGCUGGUCUCCUGGACCUACCAGGACGAAGAGCUGGGGAGCUACCUCACAUCUCUGCUCAAGAAGGGCCUGCCCCCCGCCCCCAGCGGAGGCAGCUGACCGCUGCAGGCUGCCUGCCCUUCCCUCGCCCAGCCAGGGGCCCUGGGCUUCCACUGCAGGACAGUGUCUGUGCCCUGGGCUUCCUUCUGUGCACGUGCGGCCCCCAGCAGGCCAGCCUCAUGGGGGGCAACACCAGUGCCACAUGUCUGCCCGAGUGGCCUUUUGGGUGGAAGAAAUAAAUAACCCUGAAGACCUC